AUGGCUUCAGAACCCGAGCGUCACCCUUCGCCAGAAGUGCUGUCAGAAGAUGAACAACAAGACGGCCUCUCCCUGACGGUGCAAUACCAUGGCCAACCUAUAACACUCACCCUACCCACCGAUGCCACCAUCUCAGACCUUUCCACACUUGUCGCCGAAGACCUCCAGAUACCUGCCACGAAUCAGAAAUUCCUCAUUUCGCCAAAACCGGGUCUCCUCCGCCCACCCUUCAAAGACCCAACACUCCGCCUUGACGCCCUACCGCAGAAAGCAAAGAUCACACUUCUAGGCAGUACAACUCAAGAAGUCGCCGACGUCGACUCCGCAAUCACAGCCCUCAAGCAAAAGCAACAAGCCCGCCGAGCAGCCCUCAACGCCGGCCGCAAAAUCCAAGCAAACCGCCAUCGCGACUGGAAGACCGUGACAGAAGAAGCAACAUACACCUUUGCCGCUCUACGCCCACUACCACACCUCCACCAACCCGAAAAGUCAUUGCGGUUCUUGGAACGUCUGCGUGAUGACCCAGGCAUCAAGGCCGCCAUGCGGAAACAUAAAUUCGCCGUCGGAUUGCUGACGGAAAUGGAUCCUGCCGAGCAUACCACACAUGAGUCACGAACACUGGGGCUGAACAGAAAUAGAGGCGAGGUUAUCGAGUUGAGAUUGAGGACGGACGCCUAUGAUGGAUACAGAGACUACAAGGUCAUCCGGAAGACGUUGUGCCAUGAGUUGGCGCACAACGUCAUUGGUCCGCAUAAUGCAGAGUUUCACGCUCUGUGGAACCAGAUCGAGAAGGAAGUGGAGAAGAACGAUUGGUCAAGAGGUGGCAAGUCGCUGGGGCAGGAAGAGUUCUACAACCCUGGCGAUGACUAUGUCGAGGACGACGACCACUGCGAUGCUGGUGGUUGGGAAGGAGGCUCGUAUGUCCUAGGUGGUAGCACUUCGAGCAGUCAGCCUGCUGCAGAGCCUCUCUCUCGACGAGAAGCCAUGGCAAGAGCAGCUGAAGAGAGAGCGAAGAAGCAGAAGAGCGCACAGAAGGCCGCCGAGCACGACAACAACCCACCGACCAACGAAUGA